GCGCGAUGCUACAGUAAUUAAAUCAGGACUGCCAUAUCGAUCAUCAGGGCCGUCGGACGCCCAGUAUAAAAAGAAAUUUUGGAGACUUUGUCGACCUUUGAUCAGUUGUUGAAGUGCCAGGUUGUUAUCCGAAAUGGAGAGAUUUUGGUGCUUAGUUAUAUUGGCUGCUUUUCUGAUCGGUUUCAUGGCUCUGACUAGCGGUCAGAUAGUGGUCGGUAGCCAAUGCCAGCAGGCCUGGUCCAGAUCAGCGGCCGCAUGUGUCCAGAACUCCAGCAUCAACAUCAACAACCUUCGGUACAUCGCAAGCAACGGGACAGAAGGACAGAUGCCCAUGGAAGGGGUGGCUACUUUCAAGGCCAGAGCUUGCGUGGUUCGGCCUCAGAUUGACGUCUGCGGUCAAGCAAUUACACAGCGUCUCUACAACAGCACACUGUGCGUCACACAAGUAGAGAGACAGACGAUAUUGUCCCAGAGUCAGGCGCUGUUUGGCGCCUUUUAUGACUCCUGCUCUUUUCCGUGCCGGACAACGCUGGAGAAAGACAUCCGCCAAUGUUAUAACUACGUCAACUUAAGCCCAAGUCAACUCUCAGAUCUUGCAUUGGCCAGGACUACAGCCAUCGGAGAAAACGCUGACCAAGUCUACCAGUUCUGUUUAAACAGAGAUUCACUGGCUCAAUGCAUCAGACAAAAAGCUCUAGCCUGCCCUGAUGCCUCCCGAGUUUUGGCUGAACUGGGCAUCGAACUCGGCUCUUUUGACUUAGGAGCUGACAUAUUGUGCAGAAAUAAAGGAGUGUAUCUCUCUGGUCUACACUGUUUCCGAAACCCCAUUCCGGAAGUGAGGAUGUGCUUUCAGACACUGGAGAACAACAUGCAGGCAUUGAUGAUGGUGGCACCUCAACCUACAGCAGAUCAAAUUUCCCUCUUACAGUUUUGCAAUUUCCGUCUGGAGCAUGUGAACUGUGAGAUGCAAGCCUGGGCCAAACAUCAGUACCAAACGUGUACUAGGACCGUGAGCGGCAUGAGAACAGAGCUGCUGUGUGAGCUGAUACCGAAGCAGUGCAUGCAAGCAUUACCAAGUCUCUACGGAAGUCUAUGCAGCAAAAUGAACUUUUACUACGAGGACAGAAGGCCUUAUAAUGGUGGUCAUUCGGUUGGACCUUCUGUGCUAAUCAUAGUACUGACCAUGGGCUUAGCAUCAGUGAUAUUAGGCAAAGCUUUACAUUUUGUGUAAAUUGGUAAAAUCAAAAACUAGUAAAUGUUACACUUCUGUGAA